AUGGAGGUGCUCACGAAGAAGUCAGUGAGCGUUGCAGAUGUUGUUGCGUUCGGAUCUCCGUGUCGCGUUUACACGUCACCAGCGAACGCGUCGCUGGGCAAAAGAGGGACUGAAGCAGUGAUUGUGGGGACAAUCGACGAAACAAAAGGAUACAAAGUGUUGAUUCCAAGCAAAAAGCAACUGCUUCGAGUACUUGAGUCCGAGGAAGGUGACGAGCUCGAGGCACUUACACGUGAGAGGGAACAAGAGCGCGGCCGCGAGAGCCUACUCGAGGCGACGCGAGCACUCCAAGAGCCAGUGCUACGUCAGCGUCCACGUCAACACGUCCGACGUCGAAGACGCAAAACGAAAGUAAACGACGGAAGGAGCUUGCCCACACCUAUGUCGGAGACUCAGCAAAAGACAGCGCACCGUCAAAAAGGCUAG